AUGUUUUCAUUUAUAGUUUCUAGAUGUCGAAAUUCCAAAUCUGAAACACUACAUCAAACUGAUUCGGCCGGGAACUUGUUAGGAGGAUCUAUUGCAGUCUUGUGAUAUGAAAAUUUUGCAUUUUUCCAGCAUUUUAUAUUGUUUAGGCUAAGGUUAGGGCACCACUUACCAGUGUUCAUAGUAAAGCUACAGUUUUUCAUGACUCAGUUUUGGUGGAAGAAUUGGUAAAGCAAACUGCAUCACAUAUGUAAUUAAAUAAAUGCGUGAAUAAGAUGGUUUAAUUUUUAAAUAUUUAUAAUAUUUAGUUUUUAGCAGUGAAUAUACUUAAAAGUAGACUAUUAAAUCUCAUUUUAAAAAUUCUUGAUGAAUUUUCUGUUGAUGAAUGAUAUGUAAUAAUGAAUUGGUGAAGAUAGUUUGCAGAUCAAGUGAUAAACUAACAAAGAUUUUUUUUUUUUUUGGGUAUGCCAGUCAACUUUAUACAUCAAUUUUGUUCAGUGAGAACAAAAAAAGAACUUGUAUAUGCAUAUUCCUGUGAGCUUGUCAUAGUAGUUCGUUUGGAAAGUGGUGUACGAAUAGAAAAGCUUAAAUUAAUUACUCCGUAUUUAAUAAAUGCAUGUCACGAAAUGGUAGAAAUGCCUAGUGUGCAGCUUGUACUUGUGUGUUUUCUGUGCUUUGUGUGUUCUUAUGUUGGUUUGUAUGCUUUUUUUGUGUUUGUCGUACUUCGUUCAUGCUACAGUGGCUCUUUGCCUCUACCGCUAUAUUUGAGCCGGCUCUCUACUACGUGGUAAGGGUAAGGUCUCCUAGUAUGAGUAAGUUCUGCAUACACACACCUAAUCCUAUUUUUUGUAGGACUUUACUGGGUUUGUUGUUGGAUGUCACCAAAUGAGCGAGCACCAGAUAUACGUUAAGCGGGAUAAGUGGAAGGAUUCAAGUAAAAUGAGCUUGUGUAAUUAAACUGUUCGUCAAUCUGCUUAAUAGACAUUCUUCUGAGUAUAAAAGCAUAUAUGCUUGGAAGUUGGCAGGAGGAAGAUGAUGGUGGCGGUUAGAAUCACUGCAAAUCACAGAGGGAGAGUAACUUCUUCGUUGCGUUUUACCCAUUUUGCUACUUUCAGCUCUCAAGCCUCACAUUCAAGUCUUUCCUCACAAGAAACUCAUUAUUCUAAUGCUGACUACCAAAUGCUUAUAUGCACUCUGGAAGCAUGCAAACAUAACCCCAAAUCAUGGAUCACAACUACAACACAUUGCAAAAUGAUCAAAUCUGGAUAUGCAAAGAAUCCAUCCCUUCUGCGCUUGUUGAUAAUGGCAUACUUAUCCUGUAAUUGCCCCCACCCCGCACAUCAACUGCCAAGUGUAGUUUCAGAAUGGGAUUUUGAUGUCCUUUCUGGAAAUUUGAUGAUCGUGAGCUUCAUGAAGAUGAAAGAAGUCGAUAUCGCAAAGGAAAUAUUUACUAAAAUGCCAUCCCGGGAUUUGAUCACGUGGAAUUCGAUGAUUGGAGGUUUUGUAAAGAAUAGAUUACAUAAUGAGGCAUUGAGUACCUUCAGGAAGAUGCUUGUAUCUGAAAUGCAACCGGACGGAUACACCUUUGCCUCUGUAAUGACAGCUUGUGCGAAACUCGGGGAUCUCAAUCGCGCAAAGCAUGUGCAUAAUUUGAUGAUUGAGAGAAACAUUCAACUCAAUUACAUCCUAUCAACUGCACUCAUAGACAUGUACUCAAAAUGUGGGAACAUUAAGGCUGCAAGAGAGGUUUUUUCCAGCGUGGAACGUAAUAAUGUUUGUGUUUGGAAUGCAAUGAUCAAUGGGCUUAGAACCCACGGUCUUGCUUCGGAAGCCAUUAAGGUUUUUGAGCAAAUGGAGGCCAAAGCCAUUUUGCCUGAUUCCAUAACAUUCGUUGCGCUCCUAACUGCUUUUAGUCACUGUGGUUUGGUCGAAGAGGGGAAAAGACAUUUCGAUUUGAUGAAAAAAGGGCAUUUCCUUGUUCGCCCCCAACUUGAGCAUUACGGAGCCAUGGUGGAUCUUCUUGGGAGAGCUGGACUUCUUGAAGAAGCUUACUCAAUGAUUAAGGAAAUGCCAAUGGAACCCGAUGUCGUCAUAUGGAGGACAUUCCUAAGCAGUUGUAGGACCCACAAGAACCCCGAGCUCGGAGAAGUUGCAGCAACUGAGAUAUCUCACCUCACCAGUGGAGAUUACGUGUUGAUGUCAAACAUUUAUUGCUCGGUCAAGAAAUGGGACAGUGCAGAGGAGUUGAGAGAAGCAAUGAAGCAAAACGGCGUGCGUAAGACGCGAGGAAGAAGUUGGGUGGAAAUGGGAAACACUGUUCACGUGUUCAACGCGGGGGACCGGUCCCACCCAGAAAUGAACGUUAUACACAAAUCGUUGAAAGUGUUGGUCACAUUGACUAAAAUGGAGGGGUUUCAUCACGAGACCGAGUUGGUAUUGAUGGACAUAUCAGAGGAGGAAAAGGAAGAGAAUUUGGCUUUGCACAGCGAGAAAUUAGCACUUGUUUAUGGGAUCAUGAGGUCGCGAGGCCCAAAGGAUGUUAUUCGGGUCACGAAAAAUCUUCGAACUUGUUUGGAUUGCCAUUCGUGGAUGAAGGUUGUCUCGAAGGUGUUGAACAGAGUAAUAGUUGUGAGGGACCGUGUUCGUUUCCAUCACUUUGAAGGGGGGCUUUGUACUUGCGGGGACUUUUGGUGAUUCUUGAUUUGUAUUCUUGCAAGAGAAGUGCUCUAAAGGAUGGGGGAGCAUGAUUCCAUAGAAAGUGGACUGCUAGUGUUAAAGACUCAUUGCUCCUUUCGCAUUCCGCACUCUCGGCCUCCCUCAUUGUUGUGGGACCCGCACUCACUCUUUCUUUCCGGCGUCUCUGCCUCCCUCUCGUGGGACACAGAUUGGGCUCUUUCACAUCGAAUCCAAUCCAGGCUAAUCUAUUAUUGAAGCUGGUUUAGAACAAGUUUGUUUGAGAAGAACAAUGUGAAGGAAGUGAGAAUUGUCAAAGUCCCAUGCAAGGAGAGCUAAAACUUGAACAAGGAUUCGAGUUUGACAACUUCAAAGAAUCUGAGAAAGGUCUAUAAAUUGUUUGUGUUCAUUUUUGUGGUUAAAGGCACUUAAGUUUUAUUUAGUGCACAAUUAGUUUUUGGUUAGUUGAUAUAGUAUUAGUGUACAUUGAAAAGUGGUUGUGGGAAACUUUGUAUAAUUACGGUUUUAUACUUUUAUCGUACAGAGUAGAAAAACGUUUGGUCUCGUAUUCCCGUCAUUCCGGUUUAGUUGUACACUUUUAAAAAUCUCAUUUUUAAGAAAUGAGGUUGAAAUGU